AUUCAUGCUAUUUUGUUUAAAAUUAUACUACUAGUAAAAGUAUCGAAGGAUUAAAGAGGAGUCAACAGCAAACCGCGUGGAUUCUCUACUAACAAGAUAACAUGUUUGUGUUCAUUAGAGCCUUUCGGUAAUUGAAAAAUUAAAGAGAAGCCGUAAUCUAAUCCUUUGGUCAUGGCCAUGAUGAAUGAAGAGGUUGAUGGCAGCAGCUACAAGUACGAUGUUUUUCUAAGUUUUAGAGGGGAAGAUACUUAUUGUACCUUCGCAGGUAAUCUCUAUCAUGCUUUACGCAACAAGAAAAUCAAGACCUUCUUCCCACAUGAUCAAAUUCAAAAUGAUGAUGAGGAACUUCAACUUUCACCUUCUAUUCUCAAGGCAAUUCAGGAAUCAAGGAUUUCAAUCGUCGUUCUCUCAAAAAACUAUGCAACCUCCACACGUUGCCUCAACGAACUUGUGAUCAUCCUUCAGUGUAUGAAGAUGAAAAACCAGCUUGUUUGGCCAAUCUUUUACGAAGUACAUUCCUCGGAUGUAAAGCUUCAGAGAUGUAAGUAUGGUAGUAGCAGCAAAGCCAUAUUGAAGUUCCGAGAAAGGUUUAAAGACUACCCUCGCAGGAUGUGGGAAUGGCAGCAAGCUUUGUCUCAAGUCACCUCUAUUGCUGGAUGGAAUUAUGGAAUUAAAUUCGAAUAUGAACUCAUCCAAAAGAUUGUGGAGUUAACAGUACAAUCGCUACCCCGCUACGAUGUUUUUCUAAGUUUUUGCGGGGAAGAUACUCGCUACUCCUUUACGGGAUUCCUCUAUCAUGCUUUGCGUCUAGAGGGAUUCAAGAUCUUCAUGGAUGAUGAGGGAUUGGAGGGUGGAAACCAAAUUUCACAAACUCUUUUAAAAGCAAUUGAAAAAUCAAGGCUCUCAAUUGUUGUUUUGUCCGAAAAUUAUGGAUAUUCGACAUGGUGUCUUGAUGAACUUGUGAAGAUUAUGGAGUGCAAGAAGACCAAUAAUAAAUUGGUUUGGCCACUAUUUUACAAAAUAGAACAGUCAGAUUUAAGCUAUAAAAAAAGUAGUUAUGGUAAAGCCAUGGCAGCACAUGAGGAUAGAUUUGGAAAGGAAUCUGAGAAUGUGCAAAAAUGGAGAUCAGCUUUGUCAGAAGUUGCCUUAUUGAAAGCAGACCAUAUCAAAGAAAAUGAGCACGAAUAUGAAUUCAUAAAGAAGAUCGUGGAAAGGGCCAAUGAAGCUGAAAAUCACAUGUGAUACCAAUUAGUCCUUGAACAAAUGACAACAAGAAGGAAUCUUAGGUGGCAGUCCCAACACCUGUCCAAUUGAAAACAUCAAAUUGACUCAAAUAUGAGCUAACAACGGGAAAAACAAAAAAUUCAGACAAAGUCACUACCUCUCCCUGCUCUGGUGGCACAUUCUUCAUUAGUUCGAUGUAGGAUGUUGGUGGCACGUCCUUCCUCCACAUAUCUUCCAUUGGCAGUGGCAGUCCCAACACCUGUCCAAUUAAAAAAAUCAAAUUGACACAAAUAUGAGCUAACAAUAGGAAAAACAAAAAAUUCAGACAAAGUCACUACCUCUCCCUGCUCUGGUGGUUCAUUCUUCAUUAGUUCGAUGAAGGAUGUUGGUGGCACAUCCACUGAACCAUAACUUGGUUCAGCAUCUUCUUCCAAAUCAUUGAUAGUUCUAUUUCUUGCAUAUAUGCAAAUGACACCCAAAAAUAUAGCAAUCAUCAACAAAAUCCCUAAUACUCCAAAUAAAACUUGCGAAAAAUCCUCCAAGGCUGGGAUGUGAACUUCACGGUAAUGAUUAUUCAAAUCAGAUGUUUCGAAUUUCCAAUUGUAAAUUUUAUAAUUCUCUUGACUUGCGGAGAAUCCUAUGUAGAAAUUUUUGAAUUUUUCAAUAAAUGCUCCAAUAGCAGCUGAAUUGCACUCCAAAAUUGGCUCAAUUGGCCGUAAUUUGCUAUCACUCAAGAAAAUUGAAAUUUUUCCUUCAAAAAAAACUAUCCACACCGUGUACAAGAUUUCACUGUUUAAAGUGUCACCUUAUGUCUCAGAAAUCGGAGUUAUGUCUUCAUCAAGCAACACUUUAACACCGUGCAAACGACUAUUAGCUUUGGGAGAGGACAAACGGGUAUCAAAUACAAUUGCCAUGUAUUUAUAAGGUAAUCCAAAAAUAAUUCCAGGUACUCCAGCAUCGGAAAAAGGAGACAGAAAGAGAGCAAGACCUGAACCAGGCUUUGUGGACAUGAAACUGAAUUCAGUUUUGAAUGUCCUUAAAUUUUGACUUGAAAUGGGAUCUUUCAAAACUAAAGCACCGACACUAUUAUCUAUUCCAUAUUUAGAUUUUGAAUUGCCCAUAUUAAUCCCACCAUGGGCUUGGAAUGCAACACCUUUCAAGGUGAUGCACUCCAGAUAACUUCCAUCGAAUGUUGGUAUAUCAACGAGGGUUGUUGAUAUGCCAACACUGGAUAGUAACCCAAGAAAAACUAGGACCAAUAACAACUUCAUCUGUGCUCGGUGGUCUGAAAAAGACAAAAAAAAGCCAAUAGUUAGAGAAAAAAAAAAGCCAAUAGUUAGAGAAAAAAAAAAUAAAUGUUAUCUAAAAAAAUUCCCAAAUCCAAAAACCCUAAAAUUGAAGAUUUGAAACAGGGGAGAUUUUGAGUAUUUACAAUUGGGUUGAAAUUCCCAAAUCCAAAAACCCUAAAAUUGAAGAUUUGAAACAGGGGAGAUUUUGAGUAUUUACAAUUGGGUUGAAAUUCCCAAAUCCAAAAACCCUAAAAUUGAAGAUUUGAAACAGGAGAGAGAGAGAGAGAGAGAGAGAGAGAGAGAGA